AUAUGUCAGAUGGUCCCAUCACUUUAAAAUAGCAGAUAUGUAUAGAAGCUACAGUCAGAUUGGGAAGUUUAAAACAAAAUCUGGGUGUAUUACCUGCAAGAUUCGCCAUAUCAAGUGCUCUGAAGAGAGACCCAAGUGUCUUCGUUGCACAAGCACUGGUCGACUAUGUGAAUACCAAAGAGCUGCACGUUCUCCAUAUAUUGCAAGCUCUGAAUUACCUCUUCUCACAACAUAUCGGCCACCCCAUAACCUACUUCCUGCAAGUCAGCUUGAAAGACGAGCUUUUCAUUUUUACUUCCAUUUCGUUUCGCCAUCCCUGUCAGGCAUGGCUGACUUCGGCUUCUGGGGAGGCACAGUACUUCAGAUUUGUCGUUCUCAACCCUUGAUAUGGGAUGCCGUUAUAUCUCUGAGCGCCUUAUAUGAGCAUAAGCACACAAUGGAGAGCAGCCGCACCAAACUUGGCCCAAGAAAUUACAUUAAUGAGCAAGCCUUAAGUUGGUAUCUAAGAUCUCUAGCCACAUUGCAAGCGAAUAUUGAACGGGGCUCGGCAGAUCUUGACGUUUCAUUGAUUAGUUGCACUCUUUUCAUAAUCAUUGAGGUCCUACAAGGCAACAUAUCGGCAGCAUUGAGACUCUAUCAGCAGGGCGUUCAAUUAGUAACAUAUAUAAUGUCCGUAGCGGGGUCGAAGGCAAUAGCAACAGCAACAGUUACAAAUGUUGCGCCUGUUAUUUUGAGAAUGGGUACUUCGUCCCUGCUUACCAAAUGCGGUUCUCUUGCUCCACGUGUCGCUAGUUUUGCGGAUGUGGCCAUCGCAUUCUCAACUAUACCAGAGGCGAAAAGGAUUCUUUAUGCCAUCAUGUGGGAAAUUAGAGUCUUCGAUCGCGAUUACAGUCAUAAAUUAAAUUCGAGGGCAGCUAGUGGGGAUCAACAGCCUAGCAUUCACGCGCUUGACAAUAUGAAUACCACAACGUCUUUUGCAGCACGUCAGCAGCGCCUUGAGUUGCGUCUAAACACAUGGCGUAGAAAUUUCAAUACUUUCCCUCAAGUUCAAAACUACUUGUCGAACAAAACUAGUGUCGGAGCAGGGCAAGCACCAACAACAACUCAAUACGCUGGGAUUAUCGCCACCCUUUUGAUGACUUGGUUGACUGCUUCUAUCUUGACAAAAACAAGACUUGAUGCUAGCGAGGCUGUUUAUGACACUUAUGACCAUUUAUUUGAAGAUAUGAUUGCACAUGCAUCUAUUGCGCUGGCCGGCCCAAACAAGCAACCUCCUUUUACUUUUGAGAUGGGAAUUGGGCUGCCCCUAUUCAUAACUGCCAUUAAGUGUAGGAAUCCCACGCUACGCCGCAAAGCACUUGAAUAUUUGUACCAGUCACCACCUGUGCAAGGUAUGUAUGUCUGUGCGGCUGCAGCUAAUAUAGCGACUGUUGUCAUAGAGUUAGAAGAGGACUGUUUGUUGUCGCCAUCGGAAUCACCUCAACAAAGGGGAAACGAUCCUGGAAUAACUGACAGACGUAAGAAACCAAUCGAUUCGCCUCCAGUAACCAUUGUCAAGCACGUGUAUGAUUUCAGUCUACACUUUCCUAAAGAAGAUAAAGGCUUACCCCAAACCUGGUUGAAAUACACACGGUUAUCUCAAAUUCAGCGUCAAAAAGAUACCCAAAUCAAAUGCGGAAUUUAUGAAGGAAUGGCGCCAUUAUCAAACCACUUUUCGCCAUGUGAGUAUAUGCUUGUUAUGGAAUAUUACCAUGGUUUGAAAUAAAUGUAUGUAAAUAAAACAAAGC